AUGCAGCUUAAUCCAUUUGCCAAACAAGACACCAAUUCAUCAGUGCCCGAGAAGACCCUCGAUGAAAAGGCCGCAUCCAUACGUGAAGCAACCGUCGAGGAUUUUAUCGAAGAUGAUUCCACCGCUAAUGAAUUCGGCCACGGCAAUGCUAGUUUCAUGUCCGCCUAUUUCAACGUUACCUGUGUCGUUGCUGGCACCGGCACUCUUGGUCUCCCUAAAGCCUUUGCCACUGGUGGCUGGCUUGGUAUUCUCAUUUUGAUCCUCGCUUGGGCAAUGGCUUGCUAUAGCGGUAUCAUUUUGAUCCGAUGUCUCUACGCUAAGCCUGGCAAACGUCUUCAUGAUUACAAGCAAAUCGGCAAAGCAGCUUAUGGCUGGUUUGGUUAUUGUGCUGCUGCAUUUUUCCACUUCCUCAAUUUGUUUGGUUGUCCUGCCUUGUACCUUGUGUUGGCUUCAGGCAAUAUGGUUGAUUUGCUUGAAGGCCAAAGCAGUGUACUUACUCAAUCCUAUUGGGUCAUCAUUUGGGGUGCUUUCCUUUUGAUUCCAUUGAUUUUGUUCCGCACCUUGAAGGAAGUCACCAUCAUCUCUUCUAUUGGUGCCAUCUGUACCAUGAUGGCUGUGUUUAUUGUUAUGAUCCAAGGUCCUAUUGAUCGCAACUCUAAUCCUCAAAAUGAAGUCCAUUUGGAUGGUGUCAUCUGGCCUGGUUUCCCUUCAGCCCUUUCUACCAUUGCUUUCUCUUAUGGCGGUAACAACACUUAUCCUCACGCUGAGCAUGCUCUCAAGAAGCCCCAUCAAUGGAAGUGGGCUGUCACUGCUGGUCUUACUACUUGUACCGCUCUCUACUUCAUGACAGCUGUUCCUGGUUACUGGAGUUAUGGUGAUGCUGUCAAAUCGCCUAUCUACAACUCUCUUCCCGAUGGUGCUGCCAAGAUGAUUGCCCAAAUUGUCAUGACCAUUCACGUUAUCUUCGCUAUUCCCAUCUAUGCUUGUUCUUUCUCGCUUGAAUUUGAACGCUUCUCCAAGUGCGAUGAGCAACACAUUGGCAAAGUUUUUGCAUUCCUUGGUCGUGCCGCCAUUCGUACCGUCACCAUUGUCAUCUUGUGCGUCUUGGCUAUUUUCGUUCCUUACUUUGACGCCUUCAUGAGUUUGAUUGGUGCUCUUUGCAACUGCUCUUUGGUGUUCCUUAUCCCAAUUCUUUGCUACUUGCGUCUCACUGGUGUCCGCAACAAGCCCAUCUACGAACUUGCAUUCUGUGCCCUCACUCUCCUUCUUGGUAUUGUCGGCUGUGUCUUCGGCUCUUGGGAUGCCAUUGACGAGCUCAUUGAAAAAUUCCAAGCCGAUGCUGCUCAAUAG